UCCCCUGCUUUAGCACAGAAAUCCAGUGGGGAAACUGCUUUGGACUGGUUUGGGCUCAAGCAAGACUGCCUGUCCUUUUAACGAUUUGCAUUUACAUCCUAAAAGAAGGAGGCUUGGAGGUACUGGGGCAGGACAAUGCACCUUUUUCUGGUGUGUCUCUUCAGUGUCUGGGGUCUGGCUGCCCCUGAGCACUAUGUUGUGGAAGAUGUCUGCACUGCAAAGCCACGCGACAUCCCAGUGAAUCCCAUCUGCAUCUAUCGCAAGCCCGAGAAGAAGCCCCAGGAGGGUGAGGGGCAAGAGCCAGGGAAGGGCAAGCUCCCAGAGUCUACUAACCCCCGGGUCUGGGAGCUGUCAAAGGCCAACUCGCGCUUUGCUGUUAUCUUCUACAAGCACCUGGCUGACUCUAAGGACAAUGGGGAAAACAUCUUCAUGUCGCCUCUCAGCAUUUCUACAGCCUUCGCCAUGACCAAGCUUGGAGCUUGUGGUAGCACCCUCCAGCAGCUCAUGGAGGUCUUUCGAUUUGACACCAUUUCAGAGAAGACAUCUGAUCAGAUCCACUUCUUCUUUGCCAAGCUGAACUGCCGCCUUUACAAGAAAGCCAACAAAUCCUCAGAGCUGGUAUCAGCCAACCGCCUCUUUGGGGAGAAAUCUUUGGUCUUUAACGAGACUUACCAGAACAUUAGUGAAAUAGUUUAUGGAGCGAAACUCUGGCCCUUGAACUUCAAAGAUAAGCCAGAACUUUCCAGGAAGAUCAUUAAUGAGUGGGUGGCUAAUAAGACAGAGAAGCGCAUUACAGAAGUGAUCCCAGAAAAAGGUAUUGAUGCUCUCACUGUCUUGGUCCUGGUCAACACCAUUUAUUUUAAGGGGCACUGGAAAUCACAGUUCCCAGCUCAAAACACAAAAUUGGAUUUAUUUCAUAAAGCCAAUGGUGAGACCUGCAAAGUCCCAAUUAUGUACCAAGAGUCCAAAUUCCGCCAUGUGUCCGUCCCCCAGGACAAAGUCCAGGUGCUGGAGCUGCCUUACAAAGGGGAUGAUAUCACAAUGGUGCUGGUCCUGCCUAAUGCCGGGACGCUGUUGGAGGAGGUGGAGCGAGACCUGACAUCAGAGAAGCUGCAGGACUGGAUAGACUCCAUGACAGAGGUUUCUCUCUUCAUCUACCUCCCUCGCUUCCGCAUCGAGGACAGCUUCAGUGUCAAGGAGAAGCUGAGGAAAAUGGGGCUGGAAGAUCUCUUCAGUCCAGAAAAUGCCAGACUCCCAGGUAUCAUUGCAGAGGGCCGUACAGACCUGUAUGUAUCUGAGGCUUUCCACAAAGCCUUCCUUGAGGUGAAUGAGGAAGGCAGCGAGGCAUCAGCUGCUACAGCUGUCACUGUUUCCGGCCGUUCCUUCCCCAUGAACAGAAUAAUCUUCAAUGCCAACAGGCCCUUCCUGCUUUUCAUCCGGGAAGCUGCCCUCAACACCAUUAUCUUCAUGGGCAGAAUAGCUGAUCCUUGCUCCUAAAGGGCCUGUCAAGGUCUUGCAUCUCCCUUCUCUGCCUCUGGAAAAGGGGCAGUAGGGUAUUGCCACAAAGCCCGGGCUCCUCCUGGGGUGGUUGGUCUUACCGUUUGAUGCAAGCUGCAGGAGGGACUGUUACCUACCUGGGGUGUUACUGCUCCUCUUGCUGUGUCAGGCAAGGGGGUUCAGAGAGCACCUCACCUGCUCCAUCCUCAUUCGAAGGGAAGCUGAAUUUUUUCCAGCACUGGCAUUUUUGUGGCACCUAAGCCUGCAUCCAGCAUUGCUGUCAUUCUUAUAGCCAACCCUCCUCUCAUUCAGGCCUCAAACUGUAACUCUGAUCCCCUGGUACAUUAAAAACCUACAGAUCUGUAUGUAACAAACUGA